AUGAAGGAGACUCUACAUUUACUCCUGCAAGCAACCGUGGCAUGGGAAAGACAGGAUCAAAUGUGUGCAUGGACGAAGAGAAGUCUCCCCGAGCGCGAGCACGGAGAACCCAUGCCAGCAGACCCUACCAUCAUCAUUUCAGAGCAAAGAGAGGUUACAGCAAUCCCAGACAAGGAGCGCCCUCCCUGCAACCCACUUUCCAUCAAAGAGCUAAAGAGGCAUGUGUCUAAGCACCAGUUUCUAGGACAGCAAAGAAGACAUUCUAAAGGGCUGGAAGACAGGUGCAAAGGGCAUGUCUGGUGGUCUCUAAGUCCUUGGAGGAGGAUGCAAGUAGUGAAUAGAGCCACAGGUGGAACCUGUGCAACAGCAGCCUCAGAAGCAUGUGUGGAGAAGCUCACUAGAGAGGCUAAGAAAUGCAAUGAGAGGUGUCCGGAUCUGAAGAUCAAGAAACUGUACAAAGUGCCCGAAUUCCCCUCAAAACGCCUGCCCAACUGGAGGACCAGAGGACUGGAGCAGCGGCGGCAGGGCUUGGAGGCCUAUAUCCAGGGUGUCCUGUACCUGAACCAGGAUGUGCCCAAGGAAUUACUGGAAUUCCUGAGCCUUCGGCACUUCUCCACAGACCUUAAGGCCAGCAACUGGGGCGCCUUGGGGGAGUUCCUGCCCAAGAACUGCAGCUCCCAGCUCCACCACCGGCCUGUCAUCAGCUUCUGCAUGGAUCCCUACGUUUGCAUUCCAUCCCCAGAGCCUCUGUCCAACAUGGUGGUGAAUGGCGUGCUCCAGGGCCUCUAUGGCUUCAGCACCAGCUCAGCUAAAGCCCAGUCCGAGACUCCCUGUCACCCUGCUCCUUUGCCACCGAUGCCCUGACCAGCCCAGAGGUCUGUGGGCCACCUGCCA